CGCUAACGUUGGUCUUCGGAAGUUCACAACCAGCAACAUUGUGAAAGCAAGAAACGGCAUUUUGCAGCGUGAUGUCCUGCCGGUAACUGAGCCGACGUCUGUGGUGUUCAAGUGGUCGUCUCCGAUUAUUCAAGCCCGCAAGCAUGUAUUCCAUGGUUAGAGCAACAUCCUGCAGAACUCUACUGCGCAACGUCGUGUCAACGACUGCCCGUUACUCACGACAGAGGUCCACUACACCCAUCAAUACUGUGAUUAUGUUUGUACCUCAGCAAGAAGCAUGGGUGGUCGAGAGGAUGGGAAAAUUCUCGCGAAUAUUAGAGCCCGGCUUGAACUUGCUGCUGCCCGUGGUAGAUCGCGUUCGCUAUGUCCAGUCUCUCAAAGAAAUAGCCAUAGACAUCCCGCAGCAGUCUGCCAUCACGCUGGACAACGUGACACUCAACAUCGACGGAGUUCUCUACCUGAAAGUGGUCGACCCGUACCGGGCGAGCUACGGUGUCGAAGACCCCGAAUUUGCCAUCACGCAGCUCGCGCAGACGACGAUGCGUUCCGAGCUGGGCAAGAUAGCCCUCGAUAGUGUCUUCAAGGAGCGCGAGUCGCUCAACAUUGCCAUUGUUGACGCCAUCAACAAGGCCAGCGGUGCCUGGGGCAUCGUCUGCCUGCGCUACGAGAUCCGCGAUAUCCGUCUACCACAGCGGGUCCACGAAGCAAUGCAGAUGCAGGUUGAGGCUGAGCGAAAGAAGAGAGCAGCAGUUUUAGAGUCGGAAGGAAUCCGAGAAGCGGAUAUCAACGUAGCUGAGGGCCAGCGUCGUGCGCGCAUACUGGCCUCAGAAGCGGAGAAGAUGGAGCUCAUUAACAAAGCGCAGGGAGAGGCUAAUGCCACGCUGGCUAAAGCUGAAGCCAAGGCCAAGGCCCUUAGCAGAAUAGCCGACUCCUUGCAACAACCAGUCGGUGGCAAUGCCGCGUCAUUUAUGGUGGCCGAGCAAUACGUGCAAGCCUUCAAGAGUCUCGCAAAGGAAGGCAACACCAUCAUCCUUCCUGCAAACACAGGUGACGUGUCGUCGUCUGUGGUCCAGGCCAUGGCCAUCUACAAGAACCUCGCACAUCCUGUAAAAACAACGCAGCUAGAGACUGGAAACCAGUCCACAGAUAGCUUGGCAGAGUACAUAAGUGAUGACGAGGACAGGAAAGAUGUCAUGGACUCCACGAAACGCCAGACAUGAGACCUCACAUUAAAGACUUCUGUUCUUGGAGCAUCCUUGAAUCCUAGUGUGACAACCUAAAUUGGCCUUGGAAUUUGUUAUGAACAGCUGCUUUCAGAGCAAGAGUACAGGGACAAAUGUUUAUUAAUGAUAUUCUGUGGACGCACAUGCACUUUGCAAACAGUGGUUGUACGUACAUACAUGUUGGCAUGCCACUGGAAAUUUUAACAUUAUUCGCCAUCAGUAUUAAGAUGUGCAGAACUAUGCAUCAUAAUGGCUGCUUUGUAUAUUAAACUUAUAAUUGCUAUCAGCAAAACUUGCUGGAUGAAGCAUGGUAGGGAAAUUGUGCUGUACUUGGCACAAGUACACAGACAGUAAGGCACACACAAUGCAGCAUGUCUCCUUUAUGUCUGCCCACUUCUUGAGUGUUUCACAUUUUUUCCAAAUAUGGAACACCAACUUGUAAUAGGCUUUAUUUUAGGUAUGUCGUUGCUAUUGCAUGCAAAGGGCGGUUAUCUAGUCUGUCAACAGAGCUAGCACUAUUUUACCCUAACUAAAAAUUGGGAUGUGCACAAGAUGCAUCAACUGCUGAGCAAAGCCAACAGUAUGAAGUUUGGUCCUAUCAUCUUGUUUUUUACAGGAAAUUUCUUGGACUGGUUAUGUAGGACAUACGUAAUAAAAAUUGUUAAUUCAUUUA